AUGUCUCCUUCAACCACUAAAGAGAAUCCAGAGACCUCGACGUUCCCCUUUACGCCUCCAAAGCGUGAUGACGGCGUUGAUUUGUCUCGGGACCUCCAAGAAUCCCCAGAGCAAGAGCAAGAUUGGCUAACUAUUCGUCGAAGGUGCGAGACAUGCAAAACAAGAAAGGUAUGAUCUCCUUUUGCUCUGUUCAAUACAUUCAAUUCCUGAUGACAAGCUUCUUGAACUGGAUUUUCAAUUCAAACUUCUCAGGUUGGGAAAUUCCAUAUUCAGACUUCUCAGCUUGAGAGGUUUGAGUGAAUUGCUUAAUUAGUAAAGACGCAAUUUCAGGGCCAAGAACUACUUGCCUGGGAUUGAGCUUUUAUGAGCAAAUUUGUAAUCGUCUUUUUAGGAUGGAGUGAAUUGCUCUCUUUCCUUGUUGACACAACGUUCGCGGAAUUCUGACAAUUUUGUAGGUGAAGUGUGACCGUGGUCAACCAUCCUGUGGCUGGUGCACCAAAAAUGGACAGUCAUGCGAAUACAAAGAACGCAAGAAACCAGGUCUGAGAGCUGGAUACGGCCGAGAAUUGGAGCAGAGACUAGAUAAGCUCGAGGAAGUGCUUCGUUCUCACUCUCAGAUUUUGGAAACCUUUCCACGCAGAAAUGAUAGUUUACCUAGCGACCAUGGAACGCCACCUGUCCGACCUACCUUCAGACCUAUUGAGGCUCCUCGAGGCCACGUACCACACGCAGAGACCGCGCUCUUCUUACAGAAGCCAUCCUCGGUAUUCUCUGGAUCGCAGCCAACGGACUUUCCGAGUACUGUUGUUCAGACUCCUACAAUGUCUACGCAUCCUACGCUACCCCCACUUCAUCGUGAUAUCUUUCAGCAAGGAAUGCAGCAGACAAUGCAUCCACACAGCCAUGCUCAACAGCCGCCUCAUCCAAUCCAGACUAGUCAAUCACCAGAAUUCUAUAGCACCAGUCAAGCCCAUGUCCAAUCGCCAAGUCUCAAUGUAACCGAACCCCAGAGCGAAGCUUCUUCAGAACAAGACUUGCCACCAUAUGAUCUCCUCUAUGCUUUAGUUGAUCUGUACUUUAAGCAUAUCAAUACAUGGUGUCCAAUAUUGUACCGUCAGUCUACCCUAACUUCCUUGUUUGGAUCACCGCUAGGGGAAGCCGAGAAAAUUUUGUUACAUGCAAUUGUUGCUACUACAAUCAGGUUUUCAACGGAUGCAAGAUUGACUGAAGAGAAACGUCGAUAUUAUCACGAUAUCUCCAAGCAGAAAGUUUUGCUGUAUGGAUUGGAGAACUCCUCGGUCAAGGCACUGCAAGCUUUAGUAAUAUUAGCUCUGGACCUGGUUGGCAGCGGUAAUGGACCGCCAGGCUGGAACCUUCUCGCUUUACUGACUCGAUCCGUCGUUCAGCUCGGCCUUUCGGUGGAGCCAACCUCUUUUUCUAUCUCAUCAGCUUAUCCUUCGAUUUAUACCCUUCGAGCGAUGGUACUACCAGAAGCCAAGGAUUUUAUCGAAGAGGAGUCUCGAAGACGGUUAUUUUGGAUGGUGUACCUCCUGGAUAGAUAUGCAACGAUUGCAACUGCUUUUGGUUUUGCCCUCGACGAAAAGGAAAUAGAUCGCACCCUUCCCUGUCGGGACGAAUCUUGGCAUAGGAAUGAAGCUGUUCAGACAAGAUGGUUUCAUACGAGCAAGCGCGAAACAUACGAUAUAGACAAGCCGGAAAAUCUUGGAACAUUCGCCUAUUACAUUGAAAUACUGGGAAUCUUAUCUAAAAUCCAUAAGUUUCUCAAGGCACCCGUCGAUAUUAGCUCUCUUUCAGAUGUCGAGCAAUGGCAAGGAAAAUACCGGAAACUCGAAAGUAUGAUCAUGGAUUGGAAAUUUCAACUUCCACCCGAAUACAGCACCACUACAAAACUCUUUCAACCUGGCCAAAGUAAAACAUCAUUGUCCUGUGGCUGGGUUAUGCUUCAUGGUCAGUGGCCCUAAUUUAUAUACCAUGCAAAGUGUUUUCUAAUCGAUUGAUAGCAACUUAUCACACAACAGUAAUACGACUACAUUCAUCCGCUGCCUAUCCCACCAACAGAUCGAACAUUUUCGGCUCUUCUUAUAGUGCAGGUCAACGUUGCCUUGAGGCAGUAGAGUCUAUCAAAGUUCUUGUGGAGUAUGUGUUGCAAUGUGGUAUGCUCACGAAACUUGGACCUCCUUUUGCUUUUACACUUUGGGUUGCCGCAAGAUUGCUGUUCGUUCACGGCUCCACUUUCGAACAUCAAGUCAACCCAAAAAUACAUAUUUUUGUCGAUACUCUUCGGGAGAUGGGUCGCUAUUGGGCUGUCGCUGAAAGAUAUACCACAAUACUCCAGCGGGUUCUAGAGGAGCAAAGAGAUUCUGAGCGAUCCGCUGGCCCGGCUGGGGAGAGAGUUAUUCCAUCUUCUGUGAAGAUUUUGGCUGACAUGCGACGCUGUGCAUAUGAUUUGGACUUUCUAAUAUCGAGACAACCAAGGCACGUUGGCUUGGUGUCACGCAUGCCCAGCAUUACCCCAGCUAGGACGCCGGCGCCAAAUGAGCUUGAAUACUUCGAAACCUUCGACUUUUUCAAUUUUCCAAAGUUGCCAGUGGCUAACAAUGGAAACUUGGGCAAUGCAGCAACAAUGGGUCAGAUCGCCUCACACGAGGUUGGAAAUGGAGUCAACGAGUUUAAUAUCACCAACUUCAUGGUGGACGAAAGUUCAGAUUGGCUAUUCAAAAAUCAGAGUUGAUUUUACUAAUUUGAUAGGUACCAAUGAGACAGUGAAGGGUGAUACUCUAUUUUGCAUAAGGGAUCGCAUAUUUUGGAUGGUUGGUUGAUAAAAAUUGGAUAUAAAUUUUGAACAGAAGUUGGGACUUGAUACAUCACGCAAAACUUUUGGGGGUCUACAAUCGUGAGGCUAGGACGGAGCAAGCAGCAUUUGCUCAGUUCUUUGCCACACUUCGGAUGUUCCGUGGAUCAUACCGAUGAUGUACUGACAUAAAUCGAGGCCUCCAGUUCUGCGCAGCUGUAUUCUCGCAGUGCACCCGUUGGAUAUGGCCUCGGUCAGGUCUCCUUUCAGUUAAGGAGCUGGCUCAACCAGCUGAGGACUCUUGAGCAUACAUGUAUGAAGGUGUUCGCAAAACCUGCAGUCUUCCCAGUGAUACCCUCAAAGGGUGAUUCUAUUCUUUCAACCAC